AUGAGCUUUACUGUUUCUGUUAUGUGCUUAGCAGCUUUGGCAAUCGAUCGUUACUAUAUUAUGCUUGAUAAACAAAUUUAUAAGGCAUCAUUAAGAGGAAAUUCACGAAAUAAAAUAGUAAUAGCACUCAUCUGGAUUUAUGCGGCUGCAACCAAUAGUCCUCAACUUCAUUUAGUACAAGUUACUGUUAAUGGCACUUGUGACGUUUACUAUUAUGGCGAUAAUUAUAAUCUACCCUAUUUUGUAACUGUUUUAAUAUUGAAUUUUUAUAUUCCUGUAGUAGUUAUGAUCAUAACUUAUAGAAAAAUCAUCUUACGCUUAAAAGUACCUAUGGUGAACAGUCAUCUAGAUACUUCUUCUUCUUCCCAUAGAGAUAAUAUUCAAGUGAAUCGUAGGCGUACAAUAUCUACUAUUAAAAUGAUUGUUGUUGCUACUGUAGUCUAUAUGAUCACAUCUCUUCCAGUACCUGUUAUUAUGGUAGCUGCUGCUGCCAAAAAAAUCACAGUAAUAGAAUUACGCCAAAAUGCUCAUCCCGCUUUAUCCGCAUUGAUUACAGUUGGCUUAUCGAUUUCAGUCAUUUGCUGUAUACAAAAUCCGAUCAUAUAUUUAAUAUUUAAUAGCACAUUACGAAGCGCUUUACCAAAAUGGUGCCGCUGUUGUCAUUGCUGUAGUAAAUAUGACGAUGAAGGCAAUACAAUAAUUAUCCAAGAUAAAAAGAACGACGAAUCCUGGGAAAAUGACCGUUACCUUCCAGGAUCUAUCUUGGACAGAGAUGACUAA